AACAAGCAGGAGUUCGGCCAGAAUAGCGCCAUUAAACACCGAUUUUACUCAAGGGAGCCAUCGCAGAGCAUCCGACAGUCUUUGACACUGCACAAGGACAUACCAUGCAAGACUCGAAUCCGAUCGUGAUCGACGCCUCAGCACAGUCUACGGAGUUGUCACUCGCAAGCCAGGAACACUCCUCCAUCCUCUUGCCGAGUAAGAGCAUCACCGAGCCUCUGAACGCGACCAGCCUGGCCAAUUCGCGCACCCGAUCCGCAGUCUUGUCGUCGUCAAUGGCCUUACCGCCCUCGCUCGUUAUGACGCUGUCCAGCCUCGAUCGCGAUCCUCGAAGGCUGUCCUUCGCUCCCUCUGAAGGCAGCAUGGGUGACAGCGAUCGAGGCAGCCGGAGCGGCUGUAUGAACGCUCGAAGACCCUCGAUGGGUACGCUCUCUAUGGCGACAUCGCCCGGUCUAUCAUACAGCUCGACGCCGUCUAGCCUGAGCGAGCCGGAUCUCGAUGUCGAAUCGCUCAUGCUCGACUCGCCAGCCCAUGGCAAGCCAAGAGUACAGCCAUCUUCGCCCGGUACAUCUCAUCUAUCGAUCGAAGCUAAUAGCCCUGCGAUCGAGGACGACGAAGACGACCUUCGACCAGGACUUUGCGAGCCGCUAUCGAUACCCUUUGGCGUCGAAUUAGCACCAGCGGCGAUGAAGGCUCGCCGCGAGCGUGAAGAUCAGGAACGGAACAGAUCGAUCAUUAAUUAUGCUGCUUCGAUCAUAAGGAAAGAAGCCGCCGCACUGCUUGAUCUCGCCAACCGAUUGUCACCGAACGCUCCGGACAUCUCGGAACAUACUAUGAGCACUGUCAUGCAGGCUGUCAGACCUGCACAAGUUUCAGAGCCGACUGCCGCCGCUCAAGCCUUCUCCGACACACUUGCGAGGAUUUCGACAAUGCCCGCGCAUGGCAAAGUCGUAUUUAUAGGGAUCGGUAAAUCUGGCUUGGUUGCGCGCAAGACAGUCGCUACCUUUUGCUCGCUCGGUAUUCCCGCUGUAUAUCUGUCCGCUCUGACGGCGACGCAUGGCGAUCUUGGCAUAAUCUCUCCCCUCAAGACGGAUCCGGUCGUUCUGAUUUCUUAUUCGGGCAAGACUGCCGAGUUGCACGCGCUGCUACCUAUACUCAGGACACGCGCAUCGCUACUUGUUGCAUGCACAUCCAGCAAAGAUUCGCCCCUUGCACGGUGUUGCGAUUGCUUCCUCGAUGCUGCCUUGCCCGAGGGCGAAGGGGAAGCUGGCGAGUUCGCGCAUCCGACAUCACCCGGCCAGACACAUGGCCUUCCCGCGCCGACGAGCAGCGUGAUGGCCGCCCUGGCCGUAUUGGACGCGUUGGGUCUUGCCUGGGCGCGAACUCAAGCCGGGUGGCAUCACGAGGACGCAGAACAGCGAGAUGAGCAGCGAAUUACAGACAAGUUAAGGCAGAUGUUCGUGCGUUACCAUCCUGGCGGCUCCCUAGGUUCAACGCUGGCGAGCACAGCGCCCUCGGACUUUUGAUGUUCCCCGAUCUCCAAGAACGCCUAGCAAAUAGAUUGACAGAAUACUGAAGUCAUUGUCACUGUAACCAAAUUUGUCGU